AUGCCCCAACAAAUACUGCUACAGGCCAAUUUUGAUUCAACUUCAUCUUCCCAAAUUGUAAAUAUCUAUUUGAAUGACACCUUUGUAAAAGAAUCCAGUUAUGCCAUUGCUAGUCUCGGGAUCAGCAGUUUCUUUCUCAUCUCUUUCAUCAUUUAUUUGACAGUAUUUAUUGGAUUCUUGUUGACAGAACAGUUUCGAAAGGCCUGCUCUGAUUGCACCAAAAAAGAAGAAUCCAAUGACCCAAAUAGUGGAAUUUCGAAACCAUCCUCUCAAGAACAACAAGUGGAUGAGCGAACAAACUCUUCCACAAAUUACAAUACACCCACUGCUCAAUAUUACAGUGGAUGGAAAAAGAGUCACUCUCUGGAUGACACAUCCAAAAUUAACAAAAAUCAAAAGAUCAUGUUUAUUUUGGUAUUAGCAUUGGUUGUGGUUCAAUGUUUUGCAUUAACGAGUCGAAUGGUUAGUGAUUCCAUGAGUCUCAUAAUUAAGGACAUAUCACCAAAUGCAUUGAAUGAAUCCACCGUGGUUGCAUUUUUCUUGUUUAGUUGUGCUGAAUUAGGAUUAACAUUUGGAAACAUGAUUACUACAAUCUUGAUCAUGUGCUUUGUACAACAUGUCUUUUUGAUUACAUGUCACAAAGUGAAUGCAAUUUCCGACAAAACAUUCCGAGGACUGAACAUUUCUUUGAACAUUUUUAAUGUCAUAUAUUUUUUGUUGUCUAGUGGAAUUAUUGUCACCAUCUCCAUAGGCUUAUUUCUUGUCAAGCUUAAUGCUGUUCGAGAUUUCCUUGUCACCUUAUACGUCAUGUGUUUUGUGAUUGACAGUACUAUGAUUAUUUUGGAAACUGUAUUGUUUAACUUUUUCGGUUAUAUGGUCGUGAGAACUAUCAACCGGCAGAGUACAAAAACUCAAAGAGAUCAAACCAAAUUGUGUGUGAAGAGAAAACAUUUUGCCAAAAUCAUAAUUCUUCAAGGAGCAUUGUCAUUUUGUGCUCUAUUGCAAUUGUUGGCGGUAGUAUUCGAAUCUAUUGCCAAAUCCACCAAAACUCCUGGAAUAGAAUUGGCUUAUUAUUUUGUCAAUUCAUUUGGUAUAUUGAGCUUUGCUGUAGUUGUUCUCUUUCUUUACAAUCCUUUAUUCAAUUAUCCUGCAAACAAGAUGAAGAUUGAAGAAGCAACAGAUUUUGUGAAGGAAAUGCUUCAAACUGAGCCAACUACUCCAACAUCGCCUUAUUUUCCUAAAAACAGUGCGAGAAGUGACACUUCACGAAGAGAUAACCAAUUCUUAGGCGUACCAGGAGUAGAGGGUAGUCAAUAUUUGAGUGCGUAUUCAGAAUCAUUUGGAGGAUCUUCGACCUCAUUGGACAGUUCCACAAGUUGUGACAGCAGCACUAAACACCUGGACGAAGAGGUGAGGAUUGAAGAGGUGAUCAAACCACAAGCCUUCCCUGCUGCCUCAAUCACUCAAAUACUCGAUUCUCAACAGUAA